AAUAUACGGAGUGACAUGUGUGAUAAUUUAUCAUAAUAAUUAUUUGUGAAGUUCAGAAAUAAGUUAAUAUCAGUGCAAGAUGAGGUGGUUCAUAUUUCAUUGUAUUUUACUUGGAUGUACUGCCAUCAUAUUAGCGAAAACUGAAAGUACCAGACCGAAAAGAGAUUUGGCCUUUUUAAAAGGAUUAUAUAAAUCAAUAUUUGGAUUCGAAAGUCCGAAGAAUACGUUAUCUUCAGUACAUUUAGGAGAAGGGGAAAAUUAUAAAAUCUACCGAGUUCCUGAAUUCAAAAAGCCAGGAUGUUUGAAAUCAGAUACUGCAUUUGAUAAACCAUUUCUUGGAGCAGAUGCGGUGUCUACUAUUGUUGGGUCAUAUUUAGGUACAAAAACUGAUAAUGAGACAUUAUCAGCACUAGAAGGCAUAAAAAAUCUAAUGCAAUCAGGAAUACUUGAGACCAAAGGAGAAGCUGUACAGAAAAUAAUGGCAACUGGCGUUUUGCCUCCUAAUAUGCGAUUAACUCCACCUACACCUUGUUCCAAAUUUUUACAUAGUAGUGAUGGUUAUAAUACUGGGGUCUUUUCACUGUUAAUGAAAAUAUGUCAAUACGUAGCAAACAAACACAAACACGGUUAUAUUUAUCCAGUUGUUGUAUCAAAACCAAUAACUUUUAUACCAGGAUCGAAGUUAGUACACGUUCCAGGGCCAAAUGUUGUACAUAUCGUUAACCCUGUAUUAGUUCCUGCUAUUGCACAAACACCAUCAUCGCCCAAGUAUUCGUAUAAACUAAUUCACAGGGAUGGUCAGAUAACAACAUAUACAGCACAAGAUGAUCAGAAUGUAACGGUGACGAAUACCUAUGGCUCAUUAUCUUCAUUACCGGAAAGCUAUGAAAUAUCUGAAAAUACAAAUAAAAAAGGUCCUGUACCAGUCACGUCUGUUAAAGUUCAUAAUUUUCCAACUACUGUGGAAGUUAUUUCAUCAAAUGUACAAGAAUCUUAUAAUAAUGUAGUACCUUCUGCAUCUACUGCAAAUAAUUACCCUUAUAAACAAAUACACAAAGAUAGCUCUACAACAACUUUAAUGGGUCAAUCCGGUAUAGGAAUAUCUGAACUUAAAACAUCUCCAGUUAUACCUGAAGUAAUUUCAGAUAGAAUUCGACAAGUUGCAACGGCAACUAUGGUUGGAAGAAGACCAAAUCACGUGAUAUAUGCUGGAGAUAAUAUGGUUACAACACAUUUUUUAAACCAACCCAAUGUCAAUGUGAUUGAUAAUAACCCUAGACAUAAUGCUGUAUCUUUAAUACAAUCUAGUAAAAGUCAUCAAGAUCAUAAUAAUAGUUAUGUACCUAAUAAUUUAGGAAUAGGAACGAUGGAAAUAAACAAAGGAAUUACUUCAACUAUGCAAGUAGCUAAAAAUAUACAUAACAAUAAUAAUGAAAACGGUGGAUUGUAUUCAUAUAAAAUGAUUCAUAAAGAUGGCUCAGUGACCACUUAUUCUGGAUCUGGGGUAUCAGAAGAAAAAGCUGGUUUCGGGACUACAAAUAUAAAGGACGAUCAAGUAAAACCAAUUGAAGGUAUAUAUCAAAUACCGGCAAGUCUUAUAUCUAAAAAUGAAAAUGUUAAUGCAAAUAUUCACGAUGAUAGGACCUUUUACGGUAAUAGUGGAUCAUACCUUUAUAAAAUUAUUCACAAAGAUGGUUCAGUGACAAACUAUGUAGGAAAUGCACUUACAAGUGACAGGACAAACGAAAUAAAUAUAUUGAAUAUUACACCUAAGCCUUAUAUGAAUAUGGCGAUGGUUAAUGUGCAUCCUGAAAAUAUUGAGGAGAUACAUACUACUGAAGACCAAAACAACAGUACGGAAGAUUUUGGCACAUUUUCUUAUAAACCUGUGCAUAAAGAUGGAACUGUGACAAAUUACAUAGAAAGUGGGACGGUAGUAAAAAGCAAUGGAGAAAUUCCAUUUUCAACAGCAUCUCAUGACGAAGUAAACAAAGAAGUUUCUUCAACUGCGCAAGUACAUAUGAAUAUACAUAAUCUUGGCAUCUUUCCGGCUCUUAAGAUUGAUAAUACUGCUAAUGAAAAUGGUGGAUUGUAUUCUUAUAAAAUGAUUCAUAAAGAUGGCUCAGUGACCACUUAUUCUGGAUCUGGGACAUCAGAAGAAAAAGGAGGUUUCGAGACUACAAAUAUAAAGGACGAUCAAGUGAAACCAGUUGAAGGUAUACAUCGAAUACCAGUAUAUCCUAAACCUGAAAAUGCUAAUAAAAAUAUUCAUGGUGAAAUGACUCUACAAAGUAAUACAGGAUUAUACCCUUAUAAAACUAUCCACGAAGAUGGUCCCAUAACAAAUUAUUCAGGAAAUGAACUACUAAGUGACAAGACAAAUGAAAUAAACAUAUUGAAUAUUACAUCUAAGCCUUAUAUGAACAUGGUGAUGGUUAAUACGCAUCCUGUAAACAUUAAAGAACCAUAUACUACUGAACACCAAAAUAAUAAUAAUAAUGGAGAUUUUGAUACAUUUUCUUAUAAAACUGUGCACAGAGAUGGAACUGUGACAACUUAUGCAGGUAAUAAAACGGUAGAAAAAACGAACAGUGAAAUUCCGUUUUCAACAAUGUCUCAUGAUAAGCAUGUUGCAGGGCAUUCACCAUUCUAUGUACAACAAAUAAAUAAUGAUAAAGUACAAAAAGUGCUAAAUUUGGAUAAGAAUUUUUACAAUAAUGAACAGCCUAGUCCAUUUUCAUAUAAAAACACGUUUAAGGAUGGAUCUGUAAUGAGUUAUUCAGAAAAUGGACAAGCGGUAAAAAUUAAUAAAGGAAACCUAACUGUAAAUAAUAACAGGGACAAUAUUUAUAAUGUUGAAUCUUUGGGUGCAAAUUUAGACAGUAAUAGAAAUACAGGUGGUUUUUAUUCAUAUAAAGUAGUGCAUAGCGAUGGUUCAGUGACUAGUUUUCCUGGAAUAGACGAAAUUGGUGAUAGAAUAUCAUCAGUUUCUGAUUAUCAAAGAUAUUAUGUCAAUAAUCAAAUAACUAAUUUCAAAGAAAAUAACCCAGAAAUUAAUUCAGUGUCAGAAAAUAAACAGAAAAGUGAAAUAACAAUAAAUGUGGAACCAAUAAACACAACGGAACAAGAUAUUGAAAAAGGUCAUCCAUAUUUUUACAAAGCUGGACAGAGUGACGGUUCUAUGGCCAAAUACACAGGAUUUGCAAAGAAAAGGGUGUCAUCAAUAAUGGGUUCACAGGCUAGUAAUAUGACAAAAGUGUCACAGUUACACAUGAAUUUUUAUAAUAAUGAAAAUCCUAGUCUCUUUUCAGAUAAAAAUAUUUAUAAUGAUGAGUCUGUACCGAGUUACUCAGAAAAAGUACAACUGGAAAAAAUAAAUAAUGGAAACUCAAUCGUAAAUGACUACAACAUAGAUACUAAUGUUAAUAGUAAUGCAAAUAGAGAUGGAUUUUAUUCAUACAAAGUAGUGCAUAGCGAUGGUUCAGUGACAAGUUUUCCCGGAGCUGAAGAAAUUGGUGAUAGAAUCUCUUCAUUUUCCGAUUAUCAAGGAUAUUAUGACAAUAAUCAAAUUGUUAAUUUCAAAGAAAAUAAUCCAGAAAGUGAUCAAGUAUCAGAAAAUAAACGAAAAAGCGAAAUUGCAAAGAAAAGGGUAUCAUCAAUAAUGGGUUUAAGUAUAGACAAAAGUUUUAAUGAUACUGUACUUUAUCAAACGUUAAAAAAAAUCACUAGUAACGAAAUGGAUAAUCCAGCAGUUAAAGUGAGUACUGGAUCAUAUUCUUUUAAGUUAGUCCACAAAGAUGGUCCAGCAUCAAAUUUUUCUAAUAAUAGAGAGAUGAAUAAUAGAAUCUGCACAGAGGUCAAUAAUGAGACAGUUGUAAAUGGGGUAGAAUGCAAUCCACAUUUAAAUCAAGGUGUUGUAAAUAGCACAGAUGUAUCAUCAGAAGUAAGCAAACAAAGUUCUGUUUUAUUUCCUCAACCAGUAAAUUCUAGGUAUGUUUAUAAACAAAUAAAGCCCAAUUCACCACAGCAGUUUACAGUGAAUGUAACUGACGUUAGUCAUAGCGAUAUGAAAGUCAGUGUAGAUGAUUCUUUAAGUAAACAUCCAAUUGUUGUUGCUGACGAUUCUGAAACAUAUUCUUACACACAGAAACGAGAAGAUGGCUCUUCGUUGAAUAUUAAACAAAUUGGAAAAAAAGAUGUGAAAGUAAAUAUCAAGCAAGUCAAUCGUAACAGAGGAGAUAUACCAGAUGCAUUCAAUUGAUCCUAAAAUUAUAAGUCGGUAUUAAAUAAAUGUACAGAUAAAUAAUUUUAAGUAUUUAUUGUUAAAUUAUACUUAACUUAUGUAGAAACUAUACUGUAAGCUUAUAAUAUUAAUAAACAUGUUCUUUAUUAUUAA